AUGUCCGUCACCAAAUCGCUGAACCAUGAUCAGCCGACAGAACAUCGUGAUCGGUUAUUCAUCGGCGAAAUCAGACGGGAUUGGGAGCCAAAAAGGGUGGAGUCGUUCCUUCGUGGAAUCCUCCCAGAAGCAACAACUAUUGAUGCCUAUGCAGAAGGCAGUCCAUUGGUACGGAAUCGUGGCUUUGCAUUCGUCAGUUUCGCCGAUGUAGGAGCAGCAGUACGAGCAAAGGAGAAACUACUGAGUUCCCCAGUCAAGGUUAGUCUUCUGAAUAGACUGCAUCCUAGAAAAGGAUAG